AUGGCGGGUAACUUUAACAUGAACGAAUUCAGUGUAGAACAACUUUUGGCUCUCAACAGUAUCAUAGACAGUGAUGAGGAUAUGGAUACAAGAGUAGAAGGCAUCCUGGAGGAUAGAAACUAUAGAAUCACCCCUGAUGACAAGGGUGAAAGUCCAUUCCAAGGAAAAAGACAAUUCGUAGAUGAAGUUGACCGUGAUACGGAAACAAAGAAACCAAGACGUAUUCCUAAAAACUAUAAGGGUAGAAGAGGAAUUAUGCCAACAUGGAAGUACUCUGACAGACAAGAGGCCAAGGCGCUACUUGUAGAGGAGGCAUACCAGAGUUUACUGUUUAAGGGAGUUCAGGGGUUACCACCAACAAUGGGAGGUAGAUGGCGUACAGACGAUGUUCUUGUUAAUGAGGAAAUUAAGAGAAUCGAAAACGAAAGGAAUCCUAAGGUAAAGCGUCCCAGAGGUAGACCACCAAAGGCAAAGGUUGAUGCCGAAGUGAAGGUGCCAAAGAAGAGGGGCAGACCACCAAAGGCAAAGACAGAGGCUGAAGUGAAAGUGCCAAAGAAGAGAGGUAGACCACCAAAGGUAAAGACUGAUGUUAAGGUUAGGAAGCAAACUGUAGCAGAAAGAUUCCUGAAUCAGAGGAAGGUAAAACUCUCAGUACCAGCAGAUAGUGUCAUAACUCCAACAGGUCCAGGUAAGUUCACAGUUCGCGUGGAUCUUAAUAAGAGACCUGUGAGGAAAGCUCCUGAGGUACCUAAGGGUGUAGCUCCAUGGAGACCGAUACCUAAGCCUAGAACGGUACUUCCUAGGGAAAGACCUGUACCGAAACAUAGAACUAAGCUUCUUAAGGAAAGACCUGUACCGAAACCUAGGACUAUGAAACCAGUGUCUCCUCCUAAGGUCCGUAAGCCUGUAAGGAUGUCGAGGGAAGUCAAGGAGCAGCCUAUAGUCGUUACACCAGAGGAACAAGAAAUCGAUCCAUUUGGAACAGACCUUGAAAAGCCAUUCCACAGGAAAAUUGAAACAGCCGCAAAUGGAGCCGCCGUGACUUACUCGAUAACUCCUCAUUAUAUGGACCCUCUGGACCAGAUGACUGCAAGUAGACAGGUAGUGAGAGGAAUACUUGUGAACGAGUUGAAAAGAAUGGGCGGGUUGAAGUACACAGAGACUCUGAAGGUGAGAAUGUCAAAGGAAAUCGAUGACGGGAAAACCAAGAAGGACUCAGUCUACUUCAAAUCUAAAACUGGUACUGCGACUAACUUCGAGGACAUUGAAAGUACUGCUGCUCAAAACCAACUGACAAUAUUGUCUAGAAUUGAAACCUUCCAAAACCUAGGUUCAAACUGGAUUAUACUCAAUAUUGACAGUCAUUAUGUGAACAUUGCAAUGUACAAACCACUAGCUGGGAGUUCAUACAUGGAACUUCCUAAGGACAUUAGUAAUUCAAUGUGUGGACUCAUCAAUAUGAAGAAUGAUGACGACAUGUGCUUUAUGUGGCGUCAUGUGAGACAUCUAAAUCCUAGGGCUAGGAGGGCAACCACUAUUACCCAAAAGGACAGGGAAUUCAAAAUGAACCUGGAUUAUGAAGGUAUUGACUUCCCUGUGAAGAUAAGCGAUAUUGAUAAGAUUGAGAGGAAAAAUAGUAUCAACAUAUCAGUGUUCGGUUAUAAGGGUAAAAAGCAGUUCUACCCCAUAAGGAUUUCAAAGGCUAAAUAUGAUGAGCAUUUGGAGCUUCUACUCCUGGGUGAUGGUGAACGUGGUAGACAUUACGUGCUUAUAAAGGAUGUAAACAGAAUGGUGUGUAGUGUGAGUAAACAUGGACACAAGCAACACUUCUGCUUACACUGUCUUCAUAGUUGCGUUAGCGAGGAGGUACUGGAGAAGCAUAAGGAAACAUGUCUGGAGGUAAAUGGAACUCAGGCUGUAAAGCUUCCCAAGGAAGGGACAAAAAUAAAGUUCAAAAAUCAUAGGAACUCAAUGCCUGUGCCGUUUGUGAUAUAUGCUGAUUUUGAGUCCAUACUGGUGCCUGAGGAGAGAAAAGAGAAGUCAGAGAACCCUGAGGAUGAAAGUAGUACGGACCUUUACCAGACACACAAGGCUUGUAGUUUUGGUUUGAAGACUGUCUGCCACUAUGAUGAUAAGUACUCCGGUGAGUAUAAGAGUUAUGUUGGAAGUGACGCUGCAUUGGUCUUCCUAAAGACGGUAGUAAAAGAGUCCUUCAGAUGUAGGGAAAUGAUUGACAAAAUAUUCAGGAAGAAAAUGGUAAUUACGCCCAAAGAGGAAGCAGAAUUCCUGGUUACAAGAAACUGCCAUAUAUGUGGUAACGACCUAUGUGAGGACCGUGUGAGAGACCAUGACCAUGUAACAGGUAAGUACCGCGGAGCUGCUCACAAUAUAUGCAAUCUUAAGUAUAGAAUUACAUGGAAAGUACCUGUGGUCUUCCACAACCUGAGAGGUUAUGAUGGUCAUCUGAUUAUGCAGGAAAUUGGCAAGUUCAAGAUGGAUGUUAAUGUGAUCCCAAAUAAUAUGGAAAAAUACAUCUCAUUCUCACUGGGUAAGAAUCUGGUCUUCAUAGACUCUAUACAGUUCAUGGCUUCUUCACUGGAAGCACUGGUAAGUAACUUUUCACCUGAGGACUUCAGGAUAGUAGGUAAGAGGUGGAAGGGUGAGGACUUCAAUCUAGUGACACAAAAAGGAGUGUUCCCAUAUGAGUUCCUAGAUAAUAUUAGCAAACUCAAUACAGAAGGUCUUCCGAGCAAGGAUAAUUUCUACUCGUCACUGUAUGAGUCAGAGGUGAAGGAGGAAGAUUACCAGAGAGCUCAGAAAGUAUGGGAUCACUUCAAGAUGAAAACCAUGAGAGAUUACCAUGAUCUCUACUUAGAGACUGACGUUCUUCUGCUGGCUGAUGUGUUUGAGAACUUCAGGAGAACAUGUCUGGAAAGUUACAAACUUGACCCCGCACAUUACGUGUCAGCACCUAGUCUGAGUUGGGACGCUUCCUGA